GCCCCAGCUAGGCAGCCACCCUGCUGCAUUUGCAUCGGUUACUGACAUCCGCCACGCCGCUUCUUUCUCCUCCCGUUCGCUUGCCCACGCAUAUGCUCCAUGGGCGCCCGCGGAUGCCUGGCUCCGUUCCAGGUGGGUGCAUUUUGUGGGAUUCGCGUUGUCGCGGCGAAUGGCAGCCUAGUUGCGAGCUGGAACACGUCCGCCCCUGCAAGCGGCAGCAGUCUCCACAACACUCGGACUCCGUUUGGCGCGCCGAAUGCGGAGCAGCGUGGAGCGCGCGCCGGUGUCUCGUCUCGAAGGUAACAAGUAACCCCAUUGCCGCUGACACUAACUGCUUUCGUGAUGUUUAUUGCUAGCCUGGAGCUCACGACGGCGUCUUGCAUUCGCAUUCACUAGCAAGCACUUCACUAAGAAUGCCUAGUUAUUAGCAUUUGGGGCGGCUCCGCCCACCCAAACCCCCCGUAUGCACCCCACGCGGUGACAUGCACCGUUUCUUGCCGCUUCAACCUGCGCACUGGCGCGGCUUUUUGGGCGGCGCCACACUCUCCUCUCGUUGCUCCGCCCCUUCACUCUACACGUUUAUGUGCCGCAUUCAGACCCAUGCCGGACUACACGGUUGCAGUCUCAGCUGACUACCGCAAGACGGUGCAUGCCUGUCUGAUCGUCAAAUACCUCGUCCACGAUGCUUUUGACAUAUACGCGCUGUUUGUUUGUAGUAAAGCCGCGGCAGAGCGCACGGAGGAGUGGGCGCGCGGCUACGGCGCAUCACGACGUGAUGACAGGGAGGUGCAGGGUGGCGCCGGGAGUUCGUGGGAGCAGGGGAAGCCAACAGUCAGCCCUUUCAGCAGGCCUUCAAGGGGCGUUGUGAGUCUGUCUCUGAGU